AUGGAGGGUACUACAAUGUUAGAUAGUCAAGUUGACUUACUCUCUUGUAGCUUGGUCUCUCGUCUAUGGAACACUUGUGCCACCCCCCUUUUAUGGAAAGCACCAAUUCUGAAGCGAAUCUCAACCCUACAAAAGUUUAUAGGAACUCUAUAUCAAAGUAAAUAUAACAGAACAACAUACUCGUAUGGCUGUUUAAUUCAAAAAUUAGAUUUGUCUCGAUUAGCGAACAAUAUACCAGCCGCGGAACUUGGUUUGAUCUCUGAAAGUUCAGCUGUAUUGAAAUUUUUGGAUUUUUCUAAUGUUUCUGAAUUACGCGAGGAAACUUUAUGUCGAAUCGCAAUCAGAUGUGCUCAAUUAAGAUCAAUUAAAUUAAUUAAUCUUCCGUAUAUAACUGAUUACUCGUUACAACAAUUGUUGCAACGAUGUCGAAAUUUAGAAUGUCUGGCGAUUGGUGAUUGUACUCGGUUAACGAAUGCAGGAUUAAUUGAAAUUGCGAACUACGCUCGUUCUUUAACAACCUUAGAGAUUUACUUGACAAAUACUCCAACGAAACAUACAUUUUCACGUAUUAUAAAAAGUUGCCGAAAGCUUAAGAAUCUUCACAUUUGGGAUUGUGUGGAAUUAGAUGAUGCUUCGGCACUCACUAUCGCAGAAAAUCUAGCAGAAACUUUGGAAUCUUUGAUUUUACAUAAUCCGCCAAAUCUUACGGAUAUUUCGUUAAUAGAAAUUGCAACGAAUUGCAAAAAUUUACGUCAUUUUGGACUUGAACCUCAUGAAGGAGUAACAAACGCGACAUUGAUCGGAUUAGCAAAUAAUGUACAUAAUUUAGAAUCAUUAAAAUUGUCGCUUCGUGAUGCUUCAAAUAUUACAAAUGAUGGAUUCUUAGUAUUAGCAAAUCGAUUAGAGAAUCUCACAACUUUACAAAUUCAAGAAUCCCGCUCAAAAAAUGUUACGGACCUUUCACUGAGGAUGCUAGCGAUACGAGGCGGGAGGGCAUUAACAUCACUUCACAUAUAUAACAGUUCAUUCUCUGACUCUUUAUUUGAAAGUAAUCAAUCACCAAUCAAUGAUCUUUGUCUUUUCGGUUUACCCAAUAUCACUGAUCAACCAUUGAUUGAUCUGUUACGAAGUAUUUCUGGAACGCUAACUUCCCUGCAACUUUCAUAUUGUGAUCAAAUCACCGAGGAUGUUUAUAUUAACGGAUUAGGCGUUUACGGUAGAAACUUGAGAAAAUUAAUUUUAUUUCCAUCUAAUGAAAUUACGAUCGAUGGUCUGCGAGCCAUUUCAACUGGAUGCUCAAGACUGAAAGAGUUCAAUUUGGCCAGUACAGAAGAUGCGCCUGCAUCGCUCAUUCCGGUCGUAAUAACACAAAUGCGCGAGCUUGAAAAACUUCGUAUUCGAAAUUGUCCAAAUAUGGAGGUUCAGCAUAUUUACACGAUACUUUGUGGGUGUCGUCGUCUAAAAGAAUUCUUUUUGGGAGGAAGUCGUGAUGUAACACAGGAAUUUGUCGACGAAUAUAAUAUGGAUGGUAAAGGACGACCAUUACUAGUGUUGGGACCUUGA